AUGAACUCGUCGAGAACCAUCCUAUCCCCUGAUCAAGAAAGCCAGGCACCCAAGUCUGACUUUGGGUCACCCCCGGGUACUCCAAACACACUCGUUCAAGUUCCAAGCCAAACCACACAACAUGACCUGCCUGUGGCAGCGGACGAUGAAUACGAAGAGAAUAAUGCAGAGCAAUAUCGUCGCUAUUCACCUGCUCGCAAGAUGGUGAUUGUCGCUGUCAUCUCAUACUGUUCCUUUCUUGCUCCUAUUUCCUCUACCGCUAUUCUAGCAGGUGUUCCCGAGGUAGCAAAGACCUUUCAGACAACUGGAGAUGUUAUCAACGCCAGUAAUGCCGUGUAUUUAAUCUUCAUGGGAAUUUCUGCCCUCUUCUGGGGUCCAGUUAGCCAAGUCUGGGGUCGUCGUCCGAUCUUCAUCAUCAGCGGUGUUCUCCUUUGCGUCUUUACCGUUGCUACGGCAUUGUCUCCCAACCUUGCUACAUACUUUGUGUUCCGUGCUCUCACUGCCUUCCAAGGAACAUCUUUCCUGGUCGUUGGUAGCUCUGCUAUUGGCGACAUCUAUGAACCGCGAGCCCGAGCAUCUGCGAUGGGUUGGUUUGUGUCUGGUAGCUUGAUUGGUCCUGCUUUUGGUCCAUUUUUAGGGGGCGUUGUUGUUACCUUUCAACCAUGGAGAACUGUUUUCUGGCUGCUGACCGCGAUGACUGGGCUUGCUGCCUUAUUGAUAAUCUUCUGUUUCCCCGAAACCAUCCCCUACAAGUCUGAGGGGGAGCUUGCCGGACAAACCCUCCCGCGGAAGUCGAAGAUGGUGUGGGACCGCAUUUCGCCUUUUCGGGUGCUUGCUCUUUACUUCAAGUAUCCGAACCUAUUCUUGACUGGCCUGACUUCUGGUGCUCUCGUCUGGAACCAAUACGCUCUAUUGACCCCCAUCCGAUACGUUCUCAAUCCUCGCUUCCACCUGGAAACUCCAAUCCAAUCCGGCUUCUUUUACCUUGCCCCAGGCGCCGGGUAUUUGGCUGGUACCUUCGUGGGAGGUCGCUGGGCUGACCACACUGUACGGAAGUACAUCCGCCAACGCAACGGGCAGCGAAUCCCCGAAGAUCGUCUCCGGUCGUGCUUGCCUCAUCUUUACUUCGUCAUUCCCGGGUGUCUUCUCGUUUACGGGUGGACAAUCGACCAAUCAGUCGGUGGUAUUCCCGUUCCCGUUAUUGCCAUGUUCCUGCAGGGAGUAUCACAGCUGUUCUGCUUCCCUAGUCUGAACACCUACUGCCUCGACGUGAUGCAGGCUCAGGGUCGCAGUGCCGAGGUCGUAGCUGGAAACUACGUGUUCCGCUACAUCUUCGCGGCAUUGGGGACUGGUGUCGUUCUUCCUGCCAUUCAGGCAAUGGGUGCUGGAUGGUUCAACACAAUCAGCGCAGCGUUCCUAAUUGUGACGGGAGUUGUGGUAUGGUUAACAGUGGUCUACGGGCCAAAAUGGCGAGAAGCAGUGGAUGCGAAGAACGCAAAGAAUAUCAGUGAUGAUUCUGACUAA